AUGUCUCACUGUGCUAAAUAUCAUACCUCUUCCCCUACUCUCCCAACCACCUCUAGAUCAAAUUCCUCUCGAUAUAAUGAUAGUUCUGAAUCCCAAUUUCCUAGUAGAAGUUUAUCCCUUCCAUCCACCUCAAGACAGUUCUUUGAAGAGGCUAUUAAAUCCAAAUGUAAAAAAAACCCGUCUACAUCUCCUUAUCCAAAGAAGAAGCCUCAGUCCUCUUCCUCUAAACAUUCUCAUAAGGUUGAUUUAAAUAAUCCCAAUUUUUUUUACGAUCUCCUCGAAAAGUUAUGGGAUGUGUUCUCUAAAGAGCUUCCGACUAAGACAUCCAUCAAACAACUGCCCCCAGAUGUAGCCAACUUUGUUAGCCUUUCCCAAGGUAAAAGCUGCCUUACCAAUCCGGAAUCCCUUCUCUUUGUUUUGGAAAAGUCUACCGAUAAAAAACCAGUUCAAAUCGACCUCACCUACCAACAUCCAGAUCCAGAGGUUCAAGAGGAAUAUGAAGAUUCGAGCUCCGAUUCAGAACCAAAUUUCGAGAAAUCAGAGACCCGUUUGGAAAAACGUAACAAUACUUCGAACAGGAACUCUUCAAUCGGAUUGAGUGGGUCUAACACCCAAUCAAAGUGGGCACUUGGAGGUCUUGCAUGUACAAUGCCAUCACAUGGAGCUGUAGGGUUGAAAGCACAGUUGGGAUUUCUCGGUCAAGGGACUCUUUCAUCUCCAAUAACCUUACGAGUCAAUCAGGAUCAAGUCAUUGGUCAGGGAAGCAUGCGGAUUACUUAUAAGGCAGUGGUUAAGAUUGUGGAAGGAAAUGGUGAAGUAACACUUGUGGAUUAUGUUGCAAAGAAACGAUUCCACGACUUGACACCUUCCGUCGAAAAACAUGCUACCAAUGCACUCAUGUACGAGGCAAGUGCACUACUCUUGGAUAGUUUCAAGAAGGUUCUUUCAAGAUGUCGAGCUCUUCAUAAAGCAUACCGUAAGAAGUUGCAGUUACUAGAAGUUAUAAGACAUGCGGUAGUUGUAACUGGUGAUGUCGAUAUCCCCUCCAAAGUUUACUUUAUUGAGGCUGCAUUAAAAGGAAAAUAUGUGAAGUACUCCAGUAAUACCGACUUUAACGUGGAUGAAGAAGAAGAAGGAAUCGAUCCUAUCAUAUGCCGUUUGAUGAAUACCUUUACACACUGGAGUUACCACGAAUCUGCAGGCCAACAACUGAUUUGUGACUUACAGGGAGUAGGCCCUAUCAUCACUGAUCCUCAAAUCAUUGAUGUUGAUCAAACCCGUUGGGCAGAUGGUAACAAUUCGAACUAUGGAAUCCGAAAGUUAAACCACUGA